GCAGCCUGCAGGCCACUCGGGCUUUGAUGGUGGCCGCGAUAAUCGUGGGCCUCAUCGGUCUCUUUGUUGCUGUGAUCGGCAUGAAAUGCAUGAAGUGCAUGGAGGAUGACCAGGUGAAGAAGAUGCGGAUGGCUAUCUUCGGUGGGGUGAUCUUCAUCGUGUCAGGUAUGGCAGCGCUGGUCGCCACGUCGUGGUAUGGCAACAGAGUGGCUCGGGCCUUUUAUGACCCUUACACCCCUGUCAACACCAGGUUUGAGUUCGGAUCAGCUCUCUUCAUCGGCUGGGCAGCUGCUUCUCUGGCCAUUCUGGGGGGAGCCUUCCUCUGCUGCUCCUGUCCACACAGAGAAACUUCAUAUCCAGCCAGCCGAGGCUAUCCAAAAAAUGCCCCCUCCACAGGGAAGGAUUAUGUAUAAUGAAACAAAGAAGAGGAGCCGCCAGCACUGGUAGUGAAAAUGUUUUGGAGAGGACACUACAAUGCCACUGUCCUGAGCAGAGUUCAGACUCUAGGUUCUGCCUUCCUCUUCUGCUAAAAAAAUGUGUAUAUUUUUGUAAUCCUCUUUGCUACUGGACAUAACUUCUCCUUUCUCUCCCAGCCCACGGAGGAAGGCUAGCCUAGGUUCAUAGGUAUUGCCACUGGAAAGAUGAAACCUCCAAGCUUGGGUUAAGUGUAGUGUUUGGGAGUAAAAGGGAAAUUGAUACUGUUUUUUUAGAUGGAUGUUGGUGCUUUUUUUAGUUGUUUUUUUUUAAAAAAAAGAAAUAGGUGGUAACAAUUCAGUCCCAUAUCCCAUUAAGUUAGAGCCCAGUGUGGUGUGUGUAGAAAUUAAAGGAACAUAUAAAAGUGAUAAAACCAAUAGCUUAAGGGGAAACAUAACUUUAGGGAAAAGACUUUACAUGUAGGAAUGUUUGAAGAGAUCUAAAAUGCUCCUGUACUG